CUCCUCCUUGGUUAUGACACUGCGGAAGUGCAACAUAGCACACAUGCUUAGGGGAUUUUGACUUUGAAUAGAUUUUAAUGACAGUAUCGCAUUCGUGUUAUAAAUAUUUCAUAUAUUAAUCUCUAUAAUCUGCAGAAAUCUAGCAAGAAUCAAGAUAUUAGGGCUCAUCUGUCUUUACAGGUGAUUGUUUGUGCAUCCACGUGAUUACCGCCUCAGCAAACUGUAUUUAGCCACUUACAGUCUCUUGAGUUCAGCCAAAGGAAAGUCAUGAAAUCUCUGGAUGGAGAUCAAACCAUCUGCACCUGAGUUGUCACAGGUCCCUAUAAGAGCACCAAACAUCCACCUAAAGACUGCACCUCUGUGGUUGUGAUCUUAGGUGGUGGACCCUGCCUUGUUUGACAUUGUGGUGCACAACAUGAGACCCCCCUGUGCUUAGUGAGCUGAAGUCUGUGGUGAUGUUUCGCCUCCGGUGUGUGAAUUCCUUCACCUUCCUCCGGAGGUUCCUUCACGGGGGGCCGGUGAACCGAGACCACGUUCUGGAGCAGCUGCGGGUUUGCUCUGCUGAAGACGAGGUGUUUGACGUGGUGGGCAAGAACAAGACCAAGCUCACCGUGAGCCAUGUCAGCCAUGCUGUGGAGAUGCUGUGGCAGUUUCAGAAAGAGAAACCACAAAUACUCAGGACCGUGGAGCUCGUCAGGAGCCACCCGCAGUUCCUGACUCUCCGGGUUUUGGCGGAGAACAAAAUAGCUGUUAUGGAGGAUUUUAUGUUGGCCGACAUACUUUACAGCAUCCUCAGGCUGAAUAUUGAUCCACAUGACUCUCUGGUUCAGCAGCUGAUUUCAGAAGCAUGGCUCAGACUAGACCGAUUUCCAAUGUCAUCUUUAUCCAAGUUUGCCAUCUGUCUAAGUGAUCAGGGCCUUCAGCACAGUCCUCUAAUGGGCAACAUCGCCAAUAUUGUGGCUCAGAGGUUGUCGUCUAUUGAUGAUAUCAGGAUUCUAACUACGCUGAUGAUUAGCAUAUCGUCCUUGUUGUCUCCCCGGCUUCGUGAUGCCCUCAUUGACAGGGCAGACCAUCUCCUGGACACCAUGGAUGCCUCCAACUACAACAGCCCACGGAGGGUGGUGCAGUUCCUGCGCAACAUCAAGCACAGCAACAGGCCUCUGCUGGAGAAGUGCAACAAGGUCCUCCUGUGUAAUAUUCCCAGUCUGGAUGCAGAAAAUAUAAGCAUCAUCAUGGGGCUGUAUCAGUCCCUGCAGUUCAACGACUGCGACUUCAGGCUGGCGGUCAAACAGAGACUAAUAGAACUGCUUGAUACAAGCACAGAUGCUUUCUCAUUCACCAAACUGUUUGUCGCUCUGGCUCCGAUGGCCACUGAGGAGAUCAGAGAAAGGUUGGAGAACACGGCCCUCCUGGUGGCAGAUGAGCUCAGUGCACAUCAGGCUCUAGCUGUAUGUGAAGCUCUAGAAGAGAUUAAGAGCAGGAAUCUUAAGUUACUGAACAGAGUUGCAUCAGUAAUCCAGAGGAACCUCGACGUCUACAGGCCAGUGGAGGUGGCCAGAAUCACCCAAACUCUUUUUUUCUUGCAUUACCAGAACCCCGAACUCUUCAAUAAACUAAGAAACACUCUGGUCAACUUUUUGCAGCGCAGCUUCUUACCCUAUGAAGUCAUCAUGUUGGCCCGUGUUCUGUCCAUGCUGCCCUCCCCACGGCUCUAUGACAUCAUGAUCUCACGGGCGAACGCAGUGGUUAGCCAGUGUUCCCUCAACGACCUCAACACCCUUUCGUUUGCCAUCGCCAAGUGGGUGCGCAGUGACCCUUCCUACCGCCACAACACUCCCAGUAAGUACGUCCGCCUGCUGCAGAACCUGAACCGCUGCGGGCAAGAGAGGCUGCGAACGGCUGACCGGCUGGACUUGGUGCUGGAGGAGCUCAAGUACAUGUCGGGAGAGUGGUUUGAGGAAAUGCUGGUCGAAGAGACGAUGGCCACGCUACAGAGGAUGAUAGACCAAAUCAAUUGGACCAAUAUGACUGAGUUGGCUCUCUUCUUAACCAAGAUAAAUCACCUCUGCCCUCCACUGAUGGACCGUAUCGCCAGUGUGGCCAUUAAAGACAUUGACAAGCUUCACUACACGGCAACAUAUGCCACCCUGUUGCCCUUCUCCACCCUGAAUUACGAUACUCCACAAGCAGAUGAGUUGUAUGACGUUUGUAUUCGGCACGUCACUCCACGUCUCAGCUCCUUUGACCCACAUCUGUUGGUUCUCAUGGCAUACUCUUUGGCUGUGGCUGACUGUUUCCCUGAGGUGAUAAUCAAAGAAAUCUUCAGCAUAGACUUCCUGGGAAGGCUGGAUUCCCAACUAGAAACCAUACCUGAUGGCCUCAACUUGCGGACCAGACAGCGCCUCAUGGAGCUCAAUCGCGCCGUGUGUCUCCAGUGUCCUGAGUUUCAGGUGCCGUGGUUUCAUGAGCGCCACUGCCGGAAGUUGCAAAAGAAAAGGUAUGUCGUCGUCAGUCCUGCGCAACAGCAAAUCCACAAAAUGCUGAGUGAAGUUCUUGGUGGCAUUAACCGUGUUCAAGUAGCGGUUGUCACUCCAUAUUUUUACACCGUUGAGUUUGAAUGUGUGCUGGACAAACACCUGCAGUCGUUGCCCUACAGCGACACCAACACACUGCAGAUGUCAGACAGAGGAAAGGUUCUUUGGACGAUGAGCCCAGAGGAAAACAUCAGAGAUGAGAUUCCACCUGGAGCUCAGCGAGUUGCUGUGGACUUUCUUGAUUCAAAGACCUUCUGCAAGAAUACUCACCACAUAAAAGGUGAAGCCCUGAUGAGAAAAAGACACCUUGAAAUCCUGGGAUACCGUGUGGUUCAGAUCCCUCACUUUGAAUGGAACUCUAUGGAGCUCUCGACACAGGACGCCUGGAAGGAAUACCUGAAGAAGAAAAUAUUUAAAGAGCUCUCUCCUUGAAGGAAUUAUUUAUUGAACAAUGAAAGUAAUGUUACACUUAGCGCUGAGCUUGGUUAUGAGAGUUUUCAGGCUGAAACACUGAACAGAGUUUUAAAAACGAUGUAACUAUGUUAAUAUACAUCAAGUGCUCUUUAUUUAAAGACAUUGAGCAUAAAGUUGACGUGAAUCUACCCGUUUCAUGUUGAUUGUGAGAUUGUAUAUUAUGCGCUUUUGUAUUAAAGGGAGUAUU